AUGUCGUACACAUUAUCAGCGAUCGUGAUCACGGUACUUUUAUCCGUGGGAUGCUAUAUGUUGUUGACUGGAUCUGGUGAGCUUUUCAACGUGGGAGACUUUUUAGAGACAACGUCACCAUAUAUGUGGGCCAAUUUAGGUAUUUCGUGCUGCAUUGGCUUCUCUGUGAUCGGUGCCGCUUGGGGUAUCUUUAUAACGGGUACUUCGGUGCUUGGUGCCGGCGUGAGGGCACCGCGUAUUACCACGAAGAACCUUAUUUCCAUUAUUUUCUGUGAGGUUGUGGCCAUCUACGGCUUAAUCAUGGCUAUCGUGUUCUCUGCCAAGGUGACUCCCGCCUCACUCAUCUAUACGAAGGAGAACAUCUAUACAGGACAUUGCUUAUUUUGGGCCGGAUUAACAGUUGGCAUUAGCAAUCUUAUUUGCGGUGUUUGCGUCGGUGUCACGGGUUCUACUGCAGCCAUCUCCGAUGCCGCUGACCCUUCAUUAUUCGUUAAGAUUCUUGUCAUUGAGAUUUUUGGCUCUGUUCUUGGAUUAUUUGGAUUGAUUGUGGGUCUUUUGAUGGCUGCAAAGGCCGGUGAAUUUGUAUGA